AUGCCACCUAAAAAGCUGCUGGCAAAGCAAAAGGCUCCCUCCUAUGUCUUUCCACAAAGGCUUUUUGAACAGUCCAAGUCGCUCAAAAAACAAUUCUACGUUCCACAACCUGAGACGAUCAUUCCUGGGCAGAUUGUCACCAUUGAACAUUUCUUCAGUGAAGACUUCUGUGACCAAUUGAUCAGUUCCUUUGAGUCUGAUCUUAAGCUAGAGACUACUCCGCUCAUAAAGAGUAAAGAUUAUGCUGCAAGGUAUAAUGACAGAAUAUCGUUGACAGACAACGAAGCAGCCAGUGCAUUAUGGGACUAUCUUAAACAGAUCCUACUACAGAAGGUGGACUAUGAAGAUGAAGAGCUCGAACAAAUCAAUGAAAUCUUUUCAGACGCCAAAAGCUUGAAUCCACAGCUUCGAGUUUACCGAUACACGAAGGGCCACCAUUUUGGUAAGCAUUAUGAUGAUUCAGUGAAAUGUCCAUUGGCACACGAUCCUACCAAAACAGGGCACACGAAAUGGACGCUACUUAUUUAUUUAACUGGUGGAGACGAAUUUGUCGGAGGAGGCACGAUCUUCUACCCUGAUUCCAAUAGUAAAAGCGAGAUCAAUGUGCAUCCCACUAAAGGGUUAGCGCUUCUCCAUAAACACGGUGAUGAUUGCUUACAGCAUGAGGCAGAGAUAGUCAAGGAAGGAGUGAAAUGGGUUUUAAGAAGUGAUGUAACGUAUUAG